CAGCCAGGCAGGAACAGAACCGGCAAUCGGCUUCUCACUGUCAUCAUGACUCAUCUCAGGCCCGUCCAUUGCCUGGAGAGAAUAUUGCUCAGCAGGUUUGCUCCUCGCCGCGGAAGGUUUGCCCCGACCAUUACUAUUUCAGGGAGCGAGUUUGUGACCUGGAGACGCUCUGCGUGCAAGUUGUUGAUCGGAGCUGCGGCGGGUUGGUUUCUCUCGGUUUGGGAGCGCUUCGGCUCCGAUGAACUCCUCGCUUACAUCGCUAUCAAGUCAGGUUAGUUAAAACGCCUUCGAAUUGUAUCCUGUCGCGAUAUGUCUGAGCACUACUUCGAGCUUGCUCCUGUCAGGGCUCUCCGAUUACCCCUGAAUUCAUCUUCUUGGCGAGACCCCCUGGCUCACAUUGUGAGAAGCUGCAUUUCCCUACUGCAAAUAUGUGGCUCUUCCAAGCUCAAUCUGAAGAAAAUCCACGGUCUCUCCAUCAGGCAUGGCGUUCCAUUAUCAGACCCAUACCUGGGAAAAUACCUCAUAUACAUCGGGGUAAAUCUCUCUGUUCCCAUGGCCUAUGCCCGCAGUAUCUUCUCACAGAUGAAGAACCCAAAUACUUUCACGUGGAAUGCGAUAAUUAGAGGCUAUGCUGAGAGCGAAAACCCAAAGCCGGCCAUUGAGUUGUAUGGCCUAAUGCACUCGAAUUCGGUAGAGCCCGACACACAUACUUUCCCAUUUGUUUUGAAGGCUGUGGCUAAAGCCGUUAGCAUCACAGCAGGUGAACAGAUACACUCGAUUGCAACCAGACGUGGGUUUGAGUCGCUGGUGUUUGUUCAGAACAGUCUAGUCCAUAUGUAUGCCUCGUGUGGGCAGUACCAGAGUGCGGUCAAGGUGUUUGAGGUAAUGCCUAAUAGAGAUUUGGUGACUUGGAACUCGGUGAUCAAUGGAUUUGCCCUCAAUGGAAAACCCAGUGAGGCACUGGCCCUUUACCAGAAGAUGGAUUUGGAUGGUUUGAAGCCUGAUGGUUUCACUAUGGUCAGUUUGUUCUCUGCAUGUUCUAAGCUUGGCGCCCUGGCAUUGGGCAGGAGGGCUCAUGUCUACAUGGUUAAAGUCGGUCUGGACAAGAAUCUACACUCUGUUAACGCCCUCUUGGAUUUUUACGCCAAAUGUGGCUGCACUAAAGAUGCUAAAAGGGUCUUCAACGAGAUGGUAGAGAGAAAUGUGGUGUCUUGGACUUCUCUGAUUGUGGGGUUAGCCGUUAAUGGGUAUGGUAGUGAAGCUUUGAAGUAUUUCAAGCAGAUGGAGGCCGAAAAAUGGUUGCCUAGUGAGAUAACUUUCGUUGGUGUGCUCUAUGCUUGCAGCCACUGUGGCAUGGUCGACGAGGGGUUUCGAUACUUUGACAAAAUAAAACAGUAUUAUGGCAUUGUGCCUCAAAUCGAACACCAUGGUUGUAUGGUUGAUCUUCUGGCCAGAGCUGGCAAGGUUAAGCAAGCUCAUGAUUACAUCCAGCAAAUGCCAAUGCAGCCAAAUUCUGUCAUCUGGAGGACCUUAUUAGGAGCCUGCACAAAGUUUGGCCAUGUGGAAUUGGCGGAGGUUGCGAGAGCCAAGCUCUUACAUUUAGAGCCAAAACACAGUGGGGACUAUGUGCUCAUGUCUAAUCUCUAUGCGUCGGAGCGACGGUGGUCCGAUGCACACAAGGCCAGAAAGUCUAUGCUUGAAGAAGGAGUUGCUAAAAUCCGAGGGCAUAGUCUUGUGGAGCUGGGGAACCAGGUUCAUGAAUUUCACACUGGAGAUAGAACCCAUCCACAAAGUGAGGAAAUCUAUGCGAAGUUGGUGGAGGUCACGAAGAGGCUUCGAUUAGAAGGGCACGUGGCACACACAGGUCAUGUUUAUGCAGAUAUUGAAGAGGAAGAGAAGGAGAAUGCACUGGUGCAUCACAGCGAGAAGAUUGCUGUUGCUUUAAUGCUCGUGUGUUCUCCCCCUGGUACCCCCAUAAGGGUGUUCAACAACUUGAGGAUUUGUGGUGAUUGUCAUGUGGUGAUCAAGCUCAUGUCGAAGGUCUAUGGUAGGGAGAUUACUGUUCGGGAUUGCAGCCGGUUCCAUCAUUUCCGGGAUGGUUCUUGUUCUUGUGGAGACUACUGGUAGUUGGUGAUUCAUGCUUGUUUUUCAAGGCUACUCCCUAUCUGCCAACGCAAAACCUGCUGGGUUAUUCACUAAUUGCCCUAUUUAUAGAGUUUUUCCAUAUUGAUUUGGCUGAUGGCAUGGUGAUGCUCUAAUUGCGAAGAUAAAUGUAUGAAGACUUGACAGGAUGAAUUUUUGGACUAGGUCAAGGCUUAGAUAUGUUUCAGAGAUGUUUCCCGAUAUUCACCAACUGUCAUUCAUAUCAAGAAGUAAAGCAAUUCGGCGACGACACAAGAAGUGGCAGGGAAGAUACUCAAUGGUGUUGGUGAGGAAAAUGUUGGGAAUCGAAGCCUUAGCAAAGAGGAAGGGCCAAAGAGAAGUACCGGAAAGAAGCAAGAGGUUUCUGGUCCUGCAACCGAAAAGCCUUCUUUCCCAACCAAGAAGAGAAUUCAAGUGCCGCAGUAUCCUCUUUCUGAAACCCCAAUGUAGGGGUUAGAAAUUGCAAAUUGGGUUAGGUGAAAACGUUUAUCAUGUGCUUAAGAGCAAGUCAGUGGUCUCAAAUGAGAAUUCCGCUUCCAAUGAAAACGGUAGUGCUUUCACCACUCUUCUGGUUGAGGGGUCUGAGUAUCCAUGUUGAGAAAGACAAGUGUCUUAAUAUUAUUUCUUCUUAAGUACUCCCGGUUUUAGCUUACAUUAAGGAUUUUGACAGUGAGUCCGGAAGGUUUUUGCCAACUGUAAGCUGUAGUUGUUCAUCGUUUGCCCCAAGCUUACGGAUGUAAUGAAGUUCUCUACUUAAUAAACAGUUCCGUCCUAAUGCAUUUGAAGAUGUUGUCGGGAGAAGCUGCUCGAAGCUCCAAUAUCGCUGACGAUUCUGGAACUGAUGCUUGCUCGACUCCCUUUGUGCUGCAGGCUGUUUCUCAACAUCAAGUAGUGUUGCAGUACGAACGAGAGCACACCGACGAAGGCGAUCAGUUCCACAAAGGAGGAUACGAGAUUCCGAGAACUGCAUCUGUCCAGGAGACAACAAUAACUGAUCUAUACUGUUCAUAAAAGCUAGCUUAUAACCCGGCCUGUUGAUCGGAAUGUUUGUAUUUGAGUAUUUAUAUUUUUAUGUUAUGUUCAAUUUUAUCAAUCCUUUUAAUUUUAUUGACAAUCAUUCGAUCGAGAUGAUACAUAAAGAAUGAAUGUAUAAAUUGAAAAUUUGAAGAAAUAUCAUCAUCAUUUAAGUAUAUAAAAUAUAAAAAUGUACUAGUA